AUGUUUGCUGGCUACUGCGGCCUGAACAACGGAACCUCGAACUUCCCCAAGCCGACAGACCCGCCUGGUGCUAUGACAUAUUAUGUCACCGACUUGCCGCAAUUCCAGACGCUCGCCCCCUGUGCCGCCUCAGGACUAAGCUAUGCUCUCCAAGGGCAAACGCGAGGGCUGUGUCCUGCUGGCCCCAAAGCAUUGGCUUCGUGCGCUUGCUUAAAGGAGGGGAUGACACUGGAGCUCUCAAGGGAGAUUACUUCAAGCGUGAAGGCAUAUUGCAGGUCGACAGCAACGGAGGAUGUUAGCUCUGCUAUCUCGGUUUACAACUACUAUUGCAGUGCUGCCGAGAACAAAGUGACGGCCGCCGGGGUCACGAAUUCGGUUGACCAAACAUAUGCAACUGGGGUUUCUGGCGGCGUCCCCAGAGCAACAGGUGGCCCGGGUAGCUCAGGAGGCGGGAGUAGUGGUGGCGAUUCAAACACAGAUAACAACUCCUCCAGGACUAAUCUUGGCAUGAUCAUCGGCAUUGCGGCAGGUGCCAUCGGAGGCAUAGUUCUCCUGGGUGCUCUGAUCUGGCGUCUCUGCAAGUCCUCCCGGAACCGUCGAGAACAAGAGCGUUUGGCCGCGCUGGCUGCUCCACCACCCCAACCGUCGGUCGAACCCAAGCUUGCUCCCCCAACAUACCGGCCUUUUGCGAGUCCCAUUGCCGCCGUCAACAAGCCAACAUUUGCGUCUGACGUCGUUGCUGCUCCUCCGCCAGUGGACUCACCAGCUCCGAGCUCGAUACUGCGAGUAAAUUCACCUGGAAGAACAGACAACGUAUCACCAAUCUCGACCACAGGGCCAUACUCACCCCCGCAGAACCAAUCUGCGGUCCACAGCGCGCUCUUCCCGCCAACGCCAGGCACCUCAGAACUUCACGCUCAAACACCGAGCCCGUACAAUUCAACUUCACCACCAAACGCACCCGAACUCCACGGCCAAGCAGCUGCUUCCUCUCUCUACCCACCCAUGCCGGGCACAUCCGAGCUUCAAUCGCAGAACACUCAACCAGUUCUCGCUCCGCCAAACCCAUAUCACUCCCCAGCACAGCCAAGAGCCCCAGAACUGUACGGCCAGGGAGCCCCCCAAGCCAACAGACCAGAACUCCAAGGGCAAGGAGCCAUGGUGCCGCCUCCACCACAUGCUCCGGAACUGUAUGGUCAAGGAGCACCGAUGGCCAAUAGACCUGAGCUUGCAGGCCAAGGGGCGAUGUACCCGGGGCAACCUCACUCACAGAACAUGUCGGAGCUUCAGGGGCAGGGGUCACAUUUGCAUAAUGUGAAUAUGAACAGGCCGGAGCUCCAGGGUCAGGGGAUGAUGUAUGCUCCUCCUGCGGCGCCGGGGACGCAGGAGCUGCAUGGGCAGGGGGGACAAUAUGGGCAGCCUCAAGGGCAGCAAGGAGGAGGGUUCCAGCCGUAUCAGACUGGGUACGUGCCGCCACAGUCACAGCAACCGCCGGCGCCGACUGGGCAGGCGUCGUGGCAGGCGGGCCCUGUGCCGGGGACGUAUGAGAUGGAUGGGGAGGCUUAUCAUCGGGGGAGGUGAUCUGGGCUACCAGGUAUAAGUUAUUAUGCGAGGAAGGCGAGGUUAGACUUUGACUAUUUCAAUGUGUGAUAUUUAGCAAACUGGGUUGAUAAGUUGAAUUCCAUUCUAUAAUGAAUAUUGGGAUGGUUCACUGUGGUUGU